AUGAAGUCCCAGGCAUCCAUGAUUUGCUGUUUAAUGUUAUUUCUGGCUACAGACUCUUCCCACUAUAGAUCCAAGAUUCACAUAAAAGUUGGAGAUAAACUUCAAAAUUCUGAAGGGAAACCCAAGACUGGAAGGAUACAAGAAAAAUGCCAGGGACCUUGCAUCUCUUCUUCCCACUGCAGCCAACCCUGUGCUAAGCACUUUCGUGGAGAAAUAGGAUUUACAUGUAACAAAAAACAGUGGCAAAAAUCGACUGAAACGUGUACCAGCCUUUCUGUGGAAACACUCUUCAAGGACUCAAAUGGUGCAUCUCGCCUUUCCUUAGCAUCAACAUGGAUACCUCUGCACCUUCUUGACUUUCGAUCUCCAGAUCCCAUUAAGAGCGUAGCUCAAGGAAUCCGCAAACACUGCCCCAUUGAUUACGCCUGCAUAAUUGAUGUUGUGAAAUCAUCAGAAGCCACAUCUGGAAAUAUUGCAUUUAUAGUGCAGUUAUUAAAGAAUAUCUCUACAGACUUGUCUGAUAAUGUUACCCAACAAAAAAUGAAGAGCUAUAGUGAAGUGGCCAACCACGUCCUGGGCCCAGCGGCCAUCUCAAAUUGGGCUUUCAUCCCUGACAAAAAUGCCAGCUCGGAUUUGCUGCAGUCCGUGAAUUUGUUUGCCAGGCAACUCCGCAUUCACAAUGAGUCUGAGAGCAUCGUGGAUGAACUAUUCAUCCAGACAAAAGGGUUUCAGCUCAACCACAAUACCUCAGAGAAAAGUUUCAGUUUCUCCAUGAGCAUGAAGAAUGCAACAGAAGGUAUCUCAGGCGUGGUAGAAAUUCCCAGGCAAGAGCUGCGGAAACUGUGGCCAAACGGGGCUCAAGCCGUUGGCAUAGCUUUCCCAACCUUGGGGGCCAUCCUGAAAGAGGCCCACUUGCACAACGCGAGUCUCCCCAGACCCAUCAAUGGUCUGGUGCUGUCAGUGGUUUUACCCGAAAGGUUGAAAGAAAUCAUACUCACCUUUGAAAAGAUCAAUAAAUCCCGCAACGCCAGGGCCCAGUGUGUUGGCUGGCACUCCAGGAAGAGGAGAUGGGAUGAGAAAGCAUGUGCCACAACGCUGGAUGUUAAGAACAAAGUGAAAUGCCACUGCAACUACACCAAUGUGGUGAUGUCUUUUUCUAUUCUAAUGUCCCCCAAAUCUGUGACUGACAAAAUCCUGGACUAUGUCACCUGCAUUGGGCUCAGCGUCUCCAUCCUUAGCUUGGUUCUUUGCCUGCUUAUUGAGGCCACCGUGUGGUCCCGGGUGGUCGUGACAGAGAUAUCAUACAUGCGUCACGUGUGCAUCGUGAACAUAGCGGUGUCCCUCCUGACCGCUAACGUGUGGUUCAUCAUAGGCUCUAACUUUAACGUAAAGGCUCAGGAUUACAACUGGUGUGUCGCAGUGACAUUUUUCAGCCACUUCUUUUACCUCUCUCUGUUUUUCUGGAUGCUCUUCAAAGCACUGCUCAUCAUUUAUGGCAUACUGGUCAUUUUCCAUAGGAUGAUGAAGUCCCGAAUGAUGGCCAUUGGCUUUGCCAUUGGCUAUGGGUGCCCGUUGGUCAUUGCCGUCACCACAGUUGCAGUCACAGAGCCAGAGAAAGGCUACGUGAGACCUGACGCCUGUUGGCUUAACUGGGACAAUACCAAAGCCCUUUUAGCUUUUACCGUCCCAGCCUUGGCCAUUGUGGCUGUGAACCUCAUUGUGGUUUUAGUUGUUGCUGUCAACACCCAGAGACCCUCCAUUGGCAGCUCCAAGUCUCAGGAUGUGGCCAUUAUUAUGAGGAUCAGCAAAAACGUGGCCAUUCUCACCCCAUUGCUGGGACUCACCUGGGGUUUUGGAGUAGCCACUCUCAUCGAAGGCACCUCUUUGACGUUCCAUAUAAUCUUUGCCGUGCUCAAUGCUUUCCAGGGGUUUUUCAUCUUGCUGUUUGGAACCUUUUCAGAUCACAAGAUAAGAGAUGCUUUGAAGAUGAGGAUGUCUUCGCUAAAGGGGAAAUCGAGGGCGGCAGAGAAUGCAUCAUUAAGCCCAACCAAUGGGUCUAAAUUAAUGAACCGUUGA